AGAUGCACCGUACCAUUUGCCUGUGCAACACAUCUCGAUCUCCAACUCUUCUGCAGCCUCUUCCAGCCAUAGCUUGUGCGAGAAUGUCAGCGCUGGCGAAGGCUCUGGUCGCCCUCACGGCGUUGGCCGCCAUCGCCGAGCUCGCUGCCGCCAAGAACUUCACGAUCGAGUGGGGGCUUGGCGUGGAUUUUGGCGACUGGUCGACCAAGAACCCGGUCAGCGUCGGCGACACCGUCGAGUUCACUUACGGGUCAACGCACACCGUCGACGAGCUGUCGGAGGCGAACUACAAUGUGUGCAGCUUCUCCAGCCCGGUGUCAUCGAACAGCAGCGGCAGAACCGCCUUCAAGUUCGACACGGCCGGCACGAGGUACUUCGCGUGCAAGACGGGGACGCACUGCAAUCAGGGCCAGAAGGUGGCCAUAACGGUCGCGGACUCCGCCGCCGCGCCGCCGCAGGGCGAGAAGAGUCCGGCCUUGCCGCCGCCGCCGCCGCCGCCGCCGCCGACGCCGACGCCGACGCCGACGCCGAAGGGGAACUCGGCGGUGCCGACGGCCAGCGCGGCCGAUCUUGCGGUGAAGCUGGUGCUAGGCCUUGGCGUCGGAGGAGCCUUGCUUGCUGCCUUCUGAUCGAGCUCCCGCGUGAACAUUUCACAUUUGAUUUUGGUUGGUCCAUGGUUGUACUUGCACCGUUGUUUUGUGUACCCAGAUAGCUCUUUUUCAAUACAUUGUAUCUCCAUGUGUCGCUGAGUUGAAAUUUGAAUAUUCUUCAUUCCGGUA